CGUGAACGACCCUGACCAACUUCCAGGAGGAAAAUCAGCGGUGAAGUGUGUAAACUUGAAAAGCAAACCCUGACUUCGUUCCAAGUUUUUGAAGGACUAGAGCACCGAGUGACACCGGUCGAGGCAGGCAUUCACCAUGGACGACCUGGACGCAUUACUGGCUGACCUGGAAUCAACUACAUCCCAUAUUUCAAAGAGACCAGUGUUUUUGCAAGAAGAGACCCCCUACUCAAUCCCCACCAGUGGGAAUUAUUACCAGGAUAUAUCGGUUCCACCUCCAGUUCCUCCUCCGCCUUCUGCCGAGGCUCUGAAUGGUUCGCUGCAAGACCACUCCCACCACUCGUCCCAGCAGUCUUUAGGUUCAGCCCAGAAGAGUUCAUGCUCAAGGGACAGCAGCAGUUCUCCGUCUCAUUUUGAAGAGGACCACGUAUACAGCUUUCCAAAUAAACAAAAAUCAUCAGACUCAUCGUCAGCAGCCAUGUCCUCUGCCCUCGGCAGCAACCUGUCUGAGCUUGACAGACUGCUUUUAGAGCUUAAUGCGGUUCAACAGAGCUCCCCUUCAUUCGCUACUACAGAGGAGAGGCCUCCACCGUUACCGUCCACCAGCAUCACACACUAUGAAAACGGCAAUGCCCCUGACAUCAGAGUGAGCCCGCCCCCUCAAGAGGAGCCCAAGAGGAAUGGAACGAGGCAAGAUGAAGUCAGGCCCACAGUGGAGAGUCUUCUGGAUGAGCUGGAGGGUUCAGUACCUUCAACCAGCCCUUCUCCCCGGCACAGUGAUUUAGACAGCCCAUCUCAACAACAAACACGGAUUUCAGCUUCAUGUGCUACAAGAGAGUUAGAUGAACUGAUGGCCUCUUUGUCUGACUUUAAGCCCAGCUCUUCUUCCACCUCUCCUCACGUUCCAGUUUCUACCUUCGUCCCCACAGUGGGUUCUCCUUUCCUCGAUCUGUCUGACCCAUCUGCCUGUGCCUCUCCUACGCUCUCUUUCCCUGCCGGUCUAGAACUGCACAUAGUUGAGGAUGGAGUAAACCGAGGCUUUUCAACAGCCCAUCUCAAUCGUCUUGUUUGUCACAGUCCAAUAUCAUCCCUCUCUGCAGCGAGUGAUCUCGGCUCCGUUGCAGAUGUUUUUGCUGCUGUUCCAACAUCCCCCCAACAUUCCCUGCUUGUCCUUAACGCUUCUGUUAGGAACAACCAGCAGAGAAGCAGUUCAAGCCCAUCCACUACUCCCUCAAUGACUUCAGUUAACACAGUCUUGGACCACAAAAGCUCCAAAUCACCUAGCCCAUCUGUGGAGCAUGUUUCACCCCUAGAAGCUACUUGUAAAAUAUCAUGUUCACCUGACAAUAUGAUCAAUGGCAUCCACUUUGAUCCGAGUAUGAAUAUAUAUGACUCACCCCUUCACUCCUUCACCCCUUCUAUCACAGUGCCUAAAACUCCAUCACCGCUUCCUUUUACCUCCUCAGUACCUCCACCCCUCACCAGUAACUCCUUCAAAACCUCCUCCCCAUCUUCUCUGGUCAACAUUCCUUCACCUACGACCUUGACGAGCUCAAUACCCAGUGGUCAUCUGCUGCAGCAAACUCCCACAGCAAAGAGUACUCUGUGUCCACUCCCUGUAGAAGAACAGUCCCUGGAUGAAGUGCUCGACAAGCUGCUAGAGAUGAGUUUUUCUCAGAGUCACUUAGUCCAGGAGAAUGAUCUGCAGCUUACGGCGGCGCACUGUCUUGGCAGUGGACCCCCGGAGGUGCAGGAGGAGCUCAUUCUACCCAUGGACAGAAAGAGUGUGCAGCCUGACAUGUUCACCUGCUCCACCAACACUAUCACAGACGAAUCCGUAGACGGAUGUACUGACACAAAUGGCGAUCUGGACUGGGCUGAUGAGGAGCUGUCUUUGUCCUUCCAUGAUGGACCGGACGGAACCAUGACACCUUACACUGAGAGGCUAUUCACCGACGGCAGUGUGACUCCGCUGACGGAAGCUAGCUGGAUGGACGAGUCCGUGACGCCGUCCACGUGUCCUGGGUCACCGGAUGUCGCCCUGGAUUUGCCUUUGUUGCAGCCCCCCAAUAUGGACAGAACGUCUGCCUCAGGACACAUCAAAUCCGUGAUAAGGCGCACUAAGGAGAUCCCCAAUGUACACCCAAUGUAUCGAGACGGUCUCCUGCGCAGGAAAAUGGGCCCUGUCAUUGUCAACAAGAACUCUUCCCAGGACCGCCUCAUAGAGGAACUUCAGGGCAAGUUUGGUAUCAGCCGCUCUGAGCGUCGACGCAAACAGACAGACGACUGGCUGACCGACGGGGCCGUCGUCACAUCCAAAUCUCAAGGUUACCGCCCUGAUGGCGCGGCUGGCGAGGUGGACAAGAUUGUAAUUUCCUCCAUGUCACCCAUUUCCACGAGAAGGGUUCUGCCGCCCCAGUCACCCCCCGCCCCUCGUCAUCCUCCUGUGAUAGAGGAACCAAAGGAAAUGCUCCCUGUUGCUCCUUUACCUCCACCCCCUUUACCUCCCUCUGCCCCUCCUCACAGCCAAGAACAAGUCACUGCUUCACCUCUGCACAUAACAGCUACACCAGCAUUGCAACCACCACCGCCACCAGUUCAGGAACCACCUGCUCCCAAACUAGAGUGCCCUCUGCCUCCUGACAAAAACGUAACCCAGUCUAUGCCAGUGGAAAGUGUUGCACCAAUUGCACCCAAACUCCUGGUAUCAGUAGGCUGCCAAACUGACUAUGACCCACUCUUCUUCUCAGUGCAGAUGACUCAAGGGAAAGUGGGAGCUCCUGGUGGUCCACAGACACAGGUCAACAAGCUGGACAACAUGCUUGGCAGCUUGCAGUCAGAUCUCAACAAACUUGGUGUGCAGACAGUAGCCAAAGGAGUUUGCGGUGCCUGCUUCAAGCCGAUUGUGGGACAGUUGGUGACUGCCAUGGGCCGCACGUGGCAUCCCGAACACUUUGUGUGCACACACUGUCAAGAGGAAAUCGGCUCCAGAAACUUUUUUGAGCGGGAAGGACAGCCCUAUUGUGAGAGGGACUACCAUAACCUGUUCUCCCCUCGAUGCCACUACUGCAAUGGGCCCAUACUAAAUCAAGUUGUAACUGCGCUGGAUCGAACAUGGCAUCCUGAACACUUCUUCUGUGCUCAGUGUGGAUGCUUCUUUGACCCAGAUGGUUUCCACGAAAAGGACGGCAAAGCUUACUGCAGGAAGGAUUACUUUGACAUGUUCGCACCAAAGUGUGGCGGCUGUGCUCGAGCCAUCGUGGAGAACUACAUCUCAGCGCUCAACUCGCUUUGGCACCCGGAGUGUUUUGUUUGCAGGGAAUGUUUCACCCCAUUCGUCAACGGAAGUUUCUUUGAGCAUGACGGCCAGCCUUACUGUGAAGUCCACUACCAUGAAAGGCGUGGUUCUUUGUGCUCAGGCUGCCAGAAGCCAAUCACGGGUCGCUGUAUCACAGCAAUGUCCAAGAAGUUCCACCCGGAACACUUUGUGUGCGCCUUCUGCCUAAAGCAACUCAACAAAGGCACCUUUAAAGAACAGAAUGACAAACCCUACUGCCACGGUUGCUUUGUGAAGCUCUUCAGUUAGGGGAGUUGGCUCCUACUUGUGGUACUGCACAGCAGAGCGUCCAAGAAGGUUGUAAUCUUUAGAAAGUGUAUGAAAUACUAGUCUUUCUCAAAAAAUUAGCAUACUGUGAUAAAGUUAAUUAUUUUCUGUUAUGUACUGAUAAACAUUACACUUUCAUAUAUUUUAGAUUUAUUACACACAACUGCAGUAAUUCAAGCCUUUUAUUGUUUUAUUAUUGAUGAUUUUGGCAAAAAAGUCGAGAAAACCCAAAAAUCACUAUCUCAAAAAUUAGCAUAUUUUAUCCGACCAAUACAAAAAAGUGUUUUUUAAUACAAAAAAAGUCAACCUUCAAUUAAUUAUAUCAGCUAUGCACUCAAUACUUGGUCAGGAAUCCUUUUGCAGAAAUGACUGCUUCAAAGCGGCGUGGCAUGGAGGCAAUCAGCCUGUGGCACUGCUGAGGAUUUAUGGAGCCCCAGGAUGCUUCGAUAGCGGAUAAGUUCAUCCACAGUAUUGGGUCUGGUGUCUCUCAACUUCCUCUUCACAAUAUCCCACAGAUUCUCUAUGGGGUUCAGGUCAGGAGAGUUGGCAGGCCAAUUGAGCACAGUAAUUCCAUGGUUCGUAAACCAUUUACCAGUGGUUUUGGCACUGUGAGCAGGUGCUAGGUCGUGCUGAAAAAUGAAAUCUUCAUCUCAAUAAACCUUUUCAGCAGAUGGAAGCAUGAAAUGCUCCGAAAUCUCCUGAUAGCAAGGGUGUAACGGUACAUGUAUUUGUAUUGAACUCGUUUCGGUACGGGGUGCUCGGUUCGGAACGGAGGCGUACCGAACGAGUUUCUGGCGUAAUGUAACCCUUACUUUUCGAGGCUGUGAGUCGAUCGGGUUACAGUUUCUUUGUGUAAUAUAUAUUUACUCCGUCUUCUCUACUAUAAUGAGGACCAUCACGGACAGUAUAUAACCCAGAAACGUCAACGGCGCGACAACAUGGCCGCUGCGAGAAUGCAGUGAAACGCGGGCAUUAAAGUCAAUCAGCCAAUGCGCACCAUUUGCAGUGUUAGACGCGUCCCAGAAGCGGCUCAGCAAAAAGAGCGGCAGAGUUUAUUAUUUGACGCGAGACGAGACCCUCCUGCGUCAAUAAUACUACCGGUAGCUAGGAUCGGGCAGACCGGAAGUCAAUCGUGUAAAAAUACGGUGGAUCCGGUCGAUUUUCAAACUAAUAUGGAAUCGUAACCCACUUUUUGAGUCCAUCAGAUCUCGUGGUAGAUCGGGGCACAGUUGACUUGUCUUUGAUUUACUGCUGUCUUCUCUGCUAUAAUAAUAGCCAACACGGCCCCGUGUUCAAUACAAAACCCUCCUACCACAACAAAACAAGUUGGAACUAAUAUUCACAUAGGAACUAAAGUUAUACAACAUAAAAUAUACAAUAUAAAUGAAUACUACAUCACAUUUGUAAAAUAUAAACA